AUGACUUGCACUAUAGUUUCUCCAGUAGUGCUGUUAUUGUUCUUUAACAGUAAUGGAAUAUCUUCUGAAUUUGCAUUUAACCAAAUCGUUAGACUGGAGGUAAACACUGAUGAUGAUAACAAUGUAUCUGCUGGCACUAAUGGCUCUUUAAGACUUAUUAGUCUCUCCACUAGUAAAUCAAGAGUAGUGAGAAUUCCUUACAGCAUACAAAACAAUCUUCACGCCAUGGAAGAAUCAGGUCUUAGAGUCCCUGAAAUUUAUACUUUUGUGUUUUUUACUAUUUGUAUAGGUGAAGUCAUUGCUGGGAUAGUCACUAGCAGCUUUAUAGUGUGCGUGUAUUUAUUUCAUUGGUAUAAAGGGGUAACUUUGAGCUCCUGUGAUCAGAUCAUUUUUGCACUCAGCAUUUCUAAUGUGUUGUACCCUUUUGUGAGCACAUUCAGGAUUUCUACAGAGUUAUUGCAUCUACCAACCCAGUCAAUUGAAUUUAGUCAAGUUUGCUAUGGAAUUAGUGUCUUCACGGUCAUGUCCAGCUCAUGGCUCUCAGCUUUGCUCUGCUUAUUCUACUGUGUAAAGAUUGUUCAUUUCAAAGCUGGCUCCAUUCUCAGAUUAAAAAUGAAGAUUGAUGUUUUAGUGCCUUGGCUAAUAUUGUCAGCAGAACUGGUUUCCCUCUUCUUCACCAUCCCUGGAAUCUUGAGUUUUUCCAGUAAACUGGAAGCAAAUAAAACAUCUCUCCUCGCUCCCAACAACUUAAUAAAUCAAACUGAUAACACAUUCAGCUAUACUGCCAUAUUAGUUUCUCUGGCUCCAAACAUUUUCUUUCCUUUCCUCAUUACAAUAUGCACCACCGUUUGCAUCAUUUGGACUCUCAGAAAGCACACAGGCAACAUGAGGAAGAACAUGCGAGACAGUGACAGUCUGAAGGUUCAUAGAACUGCAGUAAACACAAUGCUGUCCCUUCUCUUCAUCUUUCUCAGCUUCUAUAUAGCAGAGAUUUAUAUCACAAUUGAUAUUCAUGCAUCCUUGAGUAUUGAGUACUUUGGAAUGGUGAUAUUGAUGCUGGCCUCUUUCCCUCUGCAAUCUCUUGUUCUUGUUUUGGGAACCAACAAACUGAUGCAGAAUUGUAAGAAGUUAUUUCAAUUUAUUUUCUGUAAGACCACAUACAAGUCAAGACCAGAUACCAGCCCAUAA